GUUACACGCGAGGGUAAGGGAGCGUGGAGAACAAAAGGUAGAAAAUAGUGGAUAAGGGAGAGAUUCACGUGUGUUGCUGGAAGUUGGGGUAAUAAUGCCAGUGGUUUAGCCAAUAGCUUUUAGCCAUGACUUGGGUCACCGUUAAGACGGUAAAAGCCCAUUUAGGCCCAUUUAGAAUGGAGCGUGCGAUAAAUCUCACACGUGCUAAAAACGCUUUAACCGAAAAAUUCAAAAUUCGUAUUUGGGUCAAGCGCAACGGUUCGAAAACGGUAACAAUGGAUACGCCAUCGUUGAGGCUACUAUUCGUCAAGGGUCCAAGAAAAGGCGAUGCUCUAGAGUACAAACUUGGGUCUACGAUUCGUGUUGGUCGAAUCGUUCGUGGUAAUGAAAUCGCCAUUAAAGACGCUGGAAUCUCUACUAAGCAUCUCUGGAUCGGAUCGGUUUCUGGGAAUUGGGUGGUUCAAGAUCUUGGAUCUUCCAACGGCACUUUAUUGAACUCGAAGGAUCUUGAUCCGGAGACGCCGGUGGAUCUCGGAGAUGGCGAUGUUAUCGAAUUCGGUGAGUAUACAUCUAUUGUGGUGAAUUUUGUGAUUGAUGAUGUUUUGGAGGAGAAGCCUCCGAGGAACAAUAGGCGUCAGGCUAAUGCGAGAAAGCGAAUUAGGGUUUCUGAAAGUAGCAAUUUGGAUGUGAAAAUUGCGAGUAAGCCGAGUUCUAGGGUUAGGAAAGUUAGGAAGAUCGAGGAUUCUGAGAAAUUAGGGGUUACUGAUGGAUUAGAAAAGGAACUUCUGGUAGAGAAAAAGGUAAACUUUAGGAAUGUUGAAAGUAUCCAGAGUUCAUGUGUGAACUCAGUUAAAGUGAAAAUUGAGGAUUUAACAAUGGCAGAGGAAAAUUCAGGGAGGGGAGUGAAGAAGAUUGAAAGUGUUGGAAAAUCUUGUUUGGGAGUGGUUAAUGUAGAGAAGGAGGAAGCUUUAAAGGAGAAGAGGACUACAAGGGCUACCAGAAGCAAGAAGAUUGAUAUUGUUGGAGAUCCUUAUUUGGAAUUGGAGAUGGUUUUAAACCAAGCUAGAAAGAACAAUGGGAAGAACAAGAAAGCAGAGCAUAAGCGAUUGAAGAGCUUUGAAGAUGAUGAGGUUACUGAUUCUGGAGAGCAGGAUUUAAGUUGUCCUGUUGAAGAAGAUAUGAAGAAUGAACUUGAUACAGAUCUAAGAAAGAUGACAUUAGGAGCAUUGUUCAGUUUUCUGGAGGGUCAUCUGUCAAAAGGGAUAAAUAAUGAGACAGAAAGUAUGAUUGAGCCUAUGCGAAGUAAAACUCAGAGAGUUCGUGAGGUAUAUCGCGGAGCAGAGAAGAGUUCAAGCUAAAGCGUGUGUGUGUUGAAUUGAAAAAGUGUGCAACUGAUAUGGUGGACACCUAUGUUUGGUAUAGCUUCACUUCAUGAAAUAAGAAGCACAUACUGAUAGGUACAAGUUUUCUUAUGAUGUGAAUCUUAAUGCUGUGGGCUUGGCUGUGUUACUUAGAGUUUUGACUGCAAUGAUUUACUUGCGUUUUCUUUGCGUGUGAGACAAAGUAAACAUUGAAGUGCUGAUGUUUGAGUAGGUUCAUAAGUAUCAGACUUUUUCCCAUUUUAUAGUAGGUUUCAAGGACAUCAUCCUAGACAUUUAUAUCAGUUUUGAAGUAUAUAAGUCAUAUUCCAUUGGCGAUUUUGUCUUAGAAUACUGAUGUUGAAUGCUUGACCAUGUAUUUUA